CCCGAACACCCCUCACUAUAGCAUCCUGCCUUCCUUUUUCGUAAAAUACUUUGCUCGUCUUCAACUUUCCAUACCUUCUGGCCUUUGCCACUUGACUUCCUCUAUUACAGUCAACUGAAUCGAAAUUAAGUCGUAGAAAGCAACCAAAGAUGACUUCCUCACUACGAAACUCUCUCCACCGGAGGAACCAUAAAGAACGUUCCCAACUCGCACACCGAGCCAAGUUGGGCUUCCUAGAAAAGCACAAAGACUAUGUCUUGCGUGCUAGGGACUACCACUCUAAACAGGAUAGGAUAAAGAGGCUGAGACAGAAAGCGGCGGAGAGGAAUAAGGAUGAGUUUUAUUUUGCUAUGAAUAGGCAGAAGACGGAGAAAGGUGUACAUGUACAGGAUAGAGGAAAUGAAGCUCUGCCGGUAGAUAUCGUGAAGGUGCUGAAAUCUCAGGAUGAGAACUACAUCCGUACAAUGCGGACAGCUGGUCUCAAAAAAAUCGACAAAAUUAAGAGUCACCUCAGUGCCCUCGCUGACCUUGUCAGACCUACCUCCGUAAAUGACGAAGACGAAACCGAAGAGGGACUCGAUGACGCCGAGUUGGAAAUUCUUCGCGAAGCAGGUAUCAUCACAGGACCUUCCACAUCGACUAGGAAACAACGAAAGUUCCUGUCGAGACCAACGACCAAACAUAUCAUAUUCGCCGACUCUGAAGACCAAGCCCGUGAACUUGCUUCUGUAUCAAGACAACGAACGAAAGACGUUAUCGUGAAUAAUGCGUCAGACGAGACUGAAGAAGAACAAGACAAAGGUUGGAAGACCCAUGAGAUCAAGGGGAAGAAACAGAAGACUGCUAAGAAGCUGACGUCUGUAUCUGCGGAUGCAUCAUUGGAGGAACAACGACGGAGGGAAGCUACAGAACAUUGUUCACAUCUCCUCAAAGAACUUUCCGCCAGACUAAAACGAGACCAACAACUCCGAUAUGCAGAACGUGAGCUGGAGAUGCAGAAAUUGCUCAUGGGUAAGGGUACGUCUCGCAAACUGCGAGGUGUGGAGAAGGUUGAAGAAGAUGGUGAUGAGGAUGAAGAGGACGAUGAUAUGGAUAGUGACAAGCGGAGAAGUAAAAAGGUGGAUGAGAAGACUUGGAAGCCGAGAGUGUACAAAUGGAAGGUUGAGAGGAAACGAUAGUGUAUAUUGCAGCUGUAGGUUGAAUGUGACAUUCUAUAUUCAUUGCUGCAUUUGAACUUUGCUCACCGAUGUCAGUGUCGUGUGCAUUUCACAACGGCUUAGCAGCCUUCGAGGUGAAGAGGCAUAGUGAUAUCGAGCCAUACUAAUAUACACAUCCUCAUGCUAAAUACUUGUCUCUAAAUUCCACCGAAACCUUCUUCGCCUCGCCCUCAAUCGGCAAACGGAUCAGCAAACGGAUCCUCUUCCUGACUCAACAACCCUUUCUUCGGGUCCUUCCUCACAUCCACUUCAUCAUCAUCCGACACAUUCACAUAAUCCCUCCUAGAACCCGUGCUUGGCUUCCCAUGUUGAUGCUUACUAGCAUACGCUUGAGCCGCAGAUGUUGAUGUAUGGGCAGAACCAGAUGCUGAAGCGCGGUU